GCAUAAUAGCCGAUCUAGUUAAUGCGGGAAUUUUCACUACUUAUCCCUACAGUUCUAUUACAUGGGAGGCGAACCAAAAAUACGUGGUAACGUGGAAAGACGACGGGCAGGCUCCAUCGCUUAAAAGUUUGGGAAAAAUUGAUGUUGAUGUGGUCGUUGGCUCUGAUGGAAAUUAUCUUUUAGCAAAAAACAUUGCAAAACAAGUGCCAGCUACUGCAUUAAAAACUCAUAGCUGGAACGUUCCAAAAGGAUUAGGGCCUGCAGGAGCUUAUUAUUUUAUUAGGUAUACAUCGGGUGAAAAUGUAGCUUUCUCUGGUAAAUUUAAUAUUCAAGGAAUCUCAGGGAAUAUUGCGGGAUUUGAUCCGUCUAUUGGAAACUCAACAUCCGGUGGACCAGUUGGUUCAAUUAAUUCAACAAGCUCUGGGCAAGAUCCCACCACUACUGAUACGCCAAAUAACACAACUUCGACUGAUAAUCCAAGCGCUACAGACACCGGCGUCUCUACAAGCAGCAAAUCGUCAAGCUAUGGCCAAUCAAGUGAAGCUACAUUAAAUCUUAACACAUUUAUAAUCUCGUCAAUCUUUCUAAGUCUUGCUAGUACCGCAUUGCUCUAUUUAUAG